AACAAAUGUGUUGCAAUCGUAAGGAAUAGUGAAGCAGUAUGAGUGUAGUAGAAGAUGAAAUUAUCGAUUUUUUUAAAAAAGAAAUCGAAUCAAAAAAUAUCUCGCAAAGACUUGUUGCUGUGCGCAAUUGUGAAUAUGUUGCCGAUUCUUUAUGCUGUGCUUCAGUAAAAAAUGUAUUACUUCCUUUAAUCAAUGGUACAGAGUUGAAUGUUGUUAUUGAAUACAAAUGUUAUUUUACACGUUUUUGCUUUCUGGUUUUUUUAGACAUGAUUGAUCCCAAUCAAUCGGAUGAGGUCUUAUGUUGUAUUGCAGAUACCUUACCGAAACUUUGUCAAUAUUUAGGAGACACUUUUGAACGGUUUUGUUUUAUUAUACCAUUUUACUAUCGUUUAUUGUCGCACGAAGAUUCUAUUGUUCGUCAUUCCGCACAAACAAGUUUUUGCCGAAUUCUUUUGGAUGUGGAAUCAUUACAAGAAGAAGACAAAUGUUAUGUUUUGGAAAAAAUGUCGAGUCUGUUGAUAACAUUGGGACACGAAACAAAUGAUGUUUCUCGUACAUCUGCUUGUUUAUUAUCUUGUCAUUUACAUAAAAAAGGGACUUGUGAUAUACAAAAAAAAAUGCUUCAACUUUUUCAGAAAUUAUGUUAUGAACAAGUUCCUCUCAUUCAAAAAAGUGCAUCAGUUAGUCUAUUAGAAUUUACAAAAAAUGUUGAUCCAAAAUUAUAUGAUUCUUUUAUAAUGCCUACUAUAUUACAUUUUUGGAAUCAUGGAUGGGGUGAAGACGUUCGAGUUAAAGCUCUUUAUAGUUGUAUAACAUUAACACAACAUUUACCGAAUGAUUUAAAAAAAUCGUUUAGUCAUCCUUUAUUGUUACAAGCAGUGGAAGAGGGAACAUGGCAAACAAGACGUGCUAUUGCUGAAAAUUUAGAUAACGUUUUAAAAUAUUUAGAUCCUUGUAACAUAGCGUUUGAAAAAUGUGUGUGCUCUUUAUUAAAAGAUUUAGAACCUAAAAUUGUUAUUUUAGCAUUAGAAUCUUUAGAUAGAGCCAUUCAGAAUGGAGCGUUAAACGCUUGCUUGGAUACUUCAGUGAUUAAUGAAUUGGAAAAUUUGACUCGUCAUUCCAACGCAAUGGUCAAAAGUUUAUUGGCGAAUAUAGUAAUACCUUUGUAUGAACAUUUAAAAAAUCAUCAUGUGAAAAAUCAAUUUUUGACGAUUGUUAAUGUUCUUCUUCAAGACACCGACGCUCACGUUAAACUAAGUGUUUUACAACAUGGUAAACGUUUACUUGAACUUUUUGGAAUGAAUAAUAUUGGAGGCAACGUUAGGAAAAGUAUUUCAAAUCUUCUUUGCGACUCGAACCGUUGCAUUCGUUUAAAAAUGUUACAACAAUUGGUAGACCUCGCAAGUGCUUUUAAAAACAAAGAAUUUCAAAAAAAUAUCGAACGUUUAUAUUAUCCGACAUUUGAGGAUACAUCUUAUACUAUACGAGAAACAGCUGCUCAUUUAAUUCAAGGAUUUGGAAGAUUGUUGGGGGCUGAUUGGGUGAAAACCUCGCUUGUUCAUCAGCUGUUAAAGCUGUACUCUACUGAAGUGAAUCAUAAAACCUCUCAGAUUUCAGGUCGGAUCACAGAAACUAUAGAUUUUAACGAAACAUGUUAUGUGACACCACCUUCUUAUCAUAUUCGGGUUACUGUGCUCCAAUGUUUUCCGGGGACUAUCCCAUUUUUAGACAAUACAACUAAGCAAAUUGUCAUGGAUAUGUUAAAAAAAGCUUUACAAGAUCCAAUCAUCAAUGUACGUAUUACUGUUGUUCAUGUGAUAGCUCAGAUCCGAAAAUGCAGUCUGAGUCUACCAGCGUCCUUUUAUAGGUUAGUGGAAACGUUAAGCACUAGUGAUGCUGAUACGGAUGUCCGAUAUUUUAGUCAACAAGCCGUUCAAUCUUUUUCAUUCCAAAAUCAAACUCAAUAAUCAUUUUUUUGUUUGUUGGUGGAACGGGUAAUAAAAUUGUUACGCUAAUGAGAAUGUUCAGUGGGAUUUGUGUCUCGUAUCGUUGAUAAAUGGAUGAUAUGAAGCAGGAAAGUGUAUGACAUAGAAAAAAGAAAGCGUGUACAAUGCGAGUUAUUUAAAAAACGAUAUUUUCAUUUUAAAACAAAAAGAUUUAGGACCAGAAACAAAACAGACACAUAUUUUGAUGUGAGACUCAAUCUGUAUUGUUGACUGGGUUUUUUUUUUUUUUGUUAUUACAUAAUGGUAUGGAAAUCAAUCCAAUCCACACGGAAAUAAAAAUUAAUUGAUUUUUUCAAUAAACAGCUCAACAAGAUGA